CACAUUCCCAAGGGCUUGCAACUCUUUCCAGUUGCCUUAUCUUGGUUGUAUUAGUAUCUAGGGAUACGAUUUCAAAGCCGAGAACUAAAUUCAGCGCCGAGAGAUUCCGUGGUAUUAUUCGCAGCAGUGCGAGCAGAAUGGAGGGGGAGGUAGAAAUUCCUUCCUACUUUGUGUGUUCAAUAUCAUUGCAACUCAUGCAGGAUCCUGUGACUCUGUGCACAGGCGUCACCUACGACAGAGAGAGCAUUGAGAAGUGGAUUUUUACAAUGGGGAACAACACUUGCCCUGCCACAAAGCAAAUCCUGAAUAAUCAAGAACUCAUACCGAAUCACACACUGCGCCGCCUUAUUCAACACUGGUCCAUCGCCAACUCCUCCAUGGGCGUCCCGCUCAUCGCCACACCAGAUCCGCCCGUGGAUACUAAUCAGCUCAAUGAAUUGCUUCGAGACAUCGGGACCUGGCCGGCGCCGCCCUUUCGAUUGAAGGGCUUGAAAAAACUGAGGUCUCUGGCGGAGAAAAGCGAGACCAACAGACGGUGCAUCGCUUCGUCUGAAGCACCGGCUGCAAUGAUCUCUCUCAUAGAAAGCCAAUCCGAUGACGAGGAUGAAACGGGUUGCAGUUACGACGUUGCUGUGGCUUGUGAGGAAGCUUUGGGUAUUCUCCAUUCUUUAAUUCCGUUGCCAGACAAGACGUUAGAUUUGUUCGCCAGUGCAAAGUGCCUGGCUUCCGUGGGCUCCAUUCUCAAGAGAGGCACCUCGAAAGCCCGCUUUCAUGCUGCGCUGCUUUCACAGACGGUGUCUAGGAAAGUCCUGGAACGGUUUGUUAUGAACGCUAGCGAUGAUUUAAUUGAAGGGUUGUUGGAAGUGUUAACAGAGGAGGUGUGCGAACAGGCUACUGUGGCUGCCCUUGGGGUGUUAACCGCGAUCACUAUUAACAGCAGGAGCAGCAGAAAGAAAGCAAUCGAAGCGGGUGCCGUAUCUGCUUUGAUCGAAUUGCUUCCUGAUCAGAGCCCCGAGAAAAAGAACAGCUGCGAGAGGAUGUUAUGUCUUCUCGACGUCCUUUGUGGAUGUACAGAAGGAACCGCUGCCAUGGCUGACCACGCAAUGGGCAUCCCUGCGGUCACUAAGAAAAUCCUUCGAGUGUCUCAACUGGCUAGUGAGAAAGCUGUUCGAAUCCUGUGGUCGCUUUGCCAAUUUUCUUCCUCUGAGCAUGUCAUGAUUGAGAUGUUGCAAGUUGGGGCUGUUGCAAAGCUGUGCAUGGUCCUGCAGGUGGACUGCACGGCCAAGACUAAGACCAAGGCAAUGGAGAUACUCAAACUCCGUAGUAACUGCUGGAAGAACUCGCCUUGCGUUCCCUCAUGGAUCUUUUGAUUGUGAAUAUAUUAGUAAUAGAGAAUGUAAGUUGAACAUCAUUAUAUGAAAACAUAGAUUGGAAAAAAUUACAGAAAAAAGUAGCACCCUUUCUCAAUUCAAGAAGAGCCAACAAUUCGUUUAAGUUUUUCCAUGCUAUUUGAUAGGUGCAAGUUUGGAUCUGAUACUGUCUA